AUGGUCCCCAAAUUAAAUAAUGAUUGCAUCAAAGAGAUAUUGGAAUUUUUAUACGACGACAACAGAACGUUGUUUUCAUGUCUGUUAGUCUCUCGCGUAUGGUGUCGGAUUGGUGUGAUAAUAUUAUGGAGGAAUCCCUGGCGUAAUCCUCACGAUUGGAGACCGCAAUUUGAUUCGAUAUUGGCAUUCCUUUCUGAGGAUUCAAUUAAAGCGCUCAGAGAAAAAAGAAUAAUUGUGCGACCAACAAAACCACAACUAUUUGACUAUCUAGAAUAUGUCCAGUCAGUAACAUCUCUGGGGAUAAUGAGUAUUAGAUAUCAAGUAUUUAAAUUAAGAUACAUUACUUGUGUAGAGAAUGAUACUGACGAAAAUUGUGACGUUGUUCAAGAUAAAAAGCAUAACGCAGUGCAACAGCAAAAUGCAUUUCAAGACGAGCUAUGGAAACUGUUUUUAAGGAAAGGAGUUAACCUCAAAUCCAUCGGAAUAUUUGAACCACCGCCAUCUGUUUCUCAAUUUCCUGAAGCCAUGAGAAACUUAUCAAGAUUAGAAUCGCUUAAUUGUCUAUCUAUUGUCAGUAUUGGUCGAGUUCGGAUUUAUGAAGAUCUUGUACAAAUAUGUCGUAAUCUUAAAAGCUUAUAUAUAGAUGGUUGCAAUGAUAAUCCAGUGAUAGCAGAGAUUAUCUCGGUUCAAAAUGGUUUAAAAGAAUUAGAAAUCAUUAAUACCCGUAAAAUGCAGAAUUUACCUUUGAUCGGACAUUCUUUAGCAACAAAGCAAGGAAAUUCUUUGGAAGAAAUCACUUUUAGAUUUCACAUUUGUCUUUCAUCCGUAGUGCUCAAUUGUUUGAAAAAUUUAAAAAGGAUUUACUUAUUAGACCAUAGAGAUCCAUUAGAGCUUAAGAUAUUAGAAGAGGUGAAAAUAAAGGAUUUGAAAAUAGAACGGUAUACUUAA